AGAAGAACAACUAGCUCCGCGCCUCAUUUUAAUGAAUGCUUCCAGAUGAUUGCUUUUUCCUCAUGGUAUCCUUCGUAAACAAUAGAUGUACUCUGUUAUGCAUUACACUCAUUCGUAAACACGUAAACAACAGAUAUAGUCGUUGAUUUUGCUUUUCCUUUACUUUUUAUCGGACAUUCCUUUUUGCCUUUGUUAUUUGUUUUGUUAGGGACGUCUUUCAUUUCGGUUUCCCACGCGCCAAGGAACCCAGAAGCAAGCAGCUCUCCAGUAUCCAGUAUAGAAGGAAAAAUGAUUUAUCUAUGCCGCCUUUGUGCGUCAUUAAAGAAACCCGACUAUUUGGUCACCAUCAAUGAUGAAACCAAUGAUAUUUGUCAAAAGGCAAAGGUUUGCUGUCAGGUUGAGAUAAAAAUGAAGGAUCCAAAGCCAAAACAAAUUUGUCGGGAAUGUGUGGAAUCUUUGAAUGACUGCUACAAGUUUUAUAUGAAAGUGAAGGAUGCUCAGGAGGCUUUGGAGACAAUUUAUCCCGCGGCUGAAGAGGAUAAUGAAAAUGAAGAAGAUGAUAGAAAUGGGCCUUUGGAGACGGAGCAAGUACCAAAACAAUCUGCGGAGGCACGUACGGAAAACCAAACUAUAUUCAAAGAAGCCGAAAGACCAAAAGAAAAAUUGGUUAAUAGAAUUAAACCCAUUGUAAAACAGGAAAAGGCUACCGUGAAGGCUGUACCCAGAAGAAGUCAAGGUCAUUCGAAGUCAAGAAUGAUGACAAAAAAGACAGCGGUUAAAGUAAAACCUGAAAGAGUUGAUGUAGAAAUCCCCGCAACCAUACAUGCAUCGUCUGCAUCCAAUGAAACGGAAAUAGUCGUGGCUCAUGAGUCCGCUGCUAGUGACAAUGACAACGAUGGAUAUCUUGAGGAAGUCUACACGAUUUUAGAUAUGGCCAAAGAUGAUGGUGACCAAAUUCAAUUACAGAGUGUGUCAGAAUAUGGCAAUAAUAAAAUUAGUAAUAACGACGAAGCCAACAGCUAUGUGGAGGAUGAAACAUCCCAAGGUUAUGAUAUUGAAGACCAAGAUGUUCAUAUAAAUGCCGGAACAAAAGAUGAAUGUUUAGCUGAACAAACUGAUAGUGAACGUCAAGUGUUCGUGGAAGAGAGUAUUGUCGAUGAAAUGGAAAUUCAAGAGGUCGAGGAGGAAGACGAUUUUGCCAAUGAAGGAACAGAUGGGAAUAAGGACUUCUCAACACUACCGCCACACUUGCAGCUAUCCCACUGGACAUCAUAUCCAUUUCUGUGCAGCUCGUGUGAUUACAAAGCCAUAACACCCAUGGACUUGUUCAAACAUGUCAAUGCCACUCAUUAUAUAGCUAAUUUUGCCGAUAUGCAAUAUAAAUGUUAUGAUUGUAAGAAGCUAAUGACACAUUAUAGCUUCUUUCUCAACCUCAUACGCAUGAAACAUCAUCCAGCCUUGAAAUUGAAAUGUGAUGCCUGUGAUAUGCCAUUUAAGGAUUUUGUGCAAUAUGCAAACCAUCGCGCACGUGUCUGCCCACAAUUGUCUCAGUAUCCUGAGGUGUUGCCAUGCAAACAAUGCUGUCGGAAUUUCCAUUCCACUAAUGGUCUGCAAACCCAUGUCAAGCAUCAUCAUGCUGAGAAGGGAAAUAAGGAGAAAUAUAAAUGCCAGUAUUGCAACAAGGAAUAUACGUGGAAGAGGAGUCUGAUUAAUCAUGAACUAACACAUAGCCAUAAACGAGAAUUCUCCUGUAAACAAUGUGACAAGCAAUUCUUUAGUAAGGCCCAUUUGGAAUCGCACAUUUUGACGCAUAAUUCCGACAAGCAAUAUGAGUGUCAUAUUUGCCAUAAGAACUUUAAAACGGGUACAAUUUUGGAACGUCAUCAAAUGGUUCACACCGACAUCAAACCAUUUUCAUGUAAAUAUUGUCCAAAAACCUUUCGUACCCGCAUGGAAUGUGUCACCCACGAACGUGUACACACGGGCGAGACGCCAUUACAGUGUACAUAUUGUGAUAAACGUUUUCGUUUUCGCAGUGCAUUGAGUGCCCAUUUGAAGGUGCAUACGGGCGUAAAGGAGCAUGCCUGCGAACAUUGCCCAAAGAAAUUUACGGACUUAUCGAAUUUUUAUAAACACAUGAGACGUAAACAUUCCGAUGUGAAUGCUAGAAAUUAGAAUUAGAAGACCAUCAUGUAUUGUAUUUUUUUUUU